AUGCACGCACGUAAGUAUUCCGCACGGUCAGUCACACGCGACGCACUGUUGUUGAAAAACGAGCGAUACACAUCCACCACGCGCGAACGUUGCAAACGAACUGGCGCGCUGCUGGGCGAGGGGGGCACCCCACCGCCGCAACCUCCCGUCCCCGGUCGACCCUCGCCUCGCAUGCCGAAUGCCGCGCUGCCAUACAUAUUUUCUCCACUCGAAUUUUUCGUCGACUAUCUUCAUGUUUGA